AUGUAUCCUCAACCAGGUGCUCCCAUGGCACCUCCUCAAAAGCCGGAGACUUUUAUGCUGUCAACCGAAGCCCAACAGAGCCUUCCGCAUGACGCGCAGGUCGCCCUGCAACAGGUCGACAACCUAAAAUACUUCCUUCUUUCGGCCCCUGUCGACUGGCAGCCUGACCAGCUCAUCCGCCGAUUCCUUCUGCCGACCGGAGACUAUGUAUCUUGCGUCUUAUGGAGCAACCUUUUCCACAUCUCCGGCACUGAUAUUGUGCGAUGCUUGGCGUUUCGAUUCCAGGCAUUCGGCCGACCUGUGAAGAAUUCGAAAAAAUUCGAAGAGGGCAUCUUUUCCGACCUACGAAACUUGAAGGCUGGUACAGAUGCGACCUUGGAGGAACCCAAGAGCGCAUUCCUGGACUUUCUCUACAAGAACAACUGCAUCCGCACGCAGAAGAAGCAAAAGGUGUUCUACUGGUAUAGUGUUCCGCACGAUCGAUUGUUCCUGGAUGCGCUCGAGCGUGACCUCAAGCGUGAAAAGAUGAACCAGGAGGCGACCACCGUGGCCGUCAGCGAACCCGCUCUCUCUUUCGAGUUCGAUUCGUCUCAGUCGUUGUAUGAGCAGUUGACCAAGGCGCAGCAAGCGAAUACUUCCUCGUUUGCCGCCCACGCAAGUACGACAUAUGGCCAGCCUUCUUCCCCUGUGGUUCGGAGCGUUGACGCAAUGCCUCCUCCCCAGAUGGCUCCCCCAGCGAUGCCGCUCAUGCAGGACGACCAUGCCCAUCAGACGAUGUACAGCACUCCUCAGAUGCCACUCUCCAACACUCUUCUCCAGAGUAUCAUUAAGCGCGAGCAAGAUUACGGACACAUCCAGUACGAUCGCAAUGGAAUGCCGCUCCCCCGGAUCCACCAGCGCCAUUCCUCCAUGCCCACUUUCUACGAGUACUCCCCGGCCCCGUCUUUCGUUUCAUCUCAGUAUGAGGAUUACAGCAACCGCGGUCUCUCCUUCGAGCCCGUGACUCCCCCGCAGCACUCGGUCGGUAUGGGUGCGGAGCCCGCCUACAUUGCGAAUGAGGACACUGGUCUCUACACUGCAAUUCCUGAUCUGUCCAACACCGCGCCUUACAACCCCAUGAUGCAGCUCCCGCCUUCCAACUUUGCUGGUGCCCACUACGGCGUCUCGAGACCCUACUCGUCCAAUCAGUAUUCCGUCAUUGAGGGUUCUCCCACGUAUAAGCAGAGAAGGCGUCGACCUUCGAUUACCCCCGGGCCGAGUGUGGCCCCCCCUUACGCUGCGCAUCGCCCGAGCGAUCUUCGACGAUCGGUGUCCAGCUCCGUCGCACCGGUCGCAGAGGGCGAUGAGUCGGCACAUGAUCUUUCCCGAACGUACCCCAGUGCCAUGCUGCCACAGAAGGACACCCUGCAGGAAAUCUCACGCCAUAGCACCCCUCUCCAGCAAAUGGAGCAGACCACCGACCACAACCAGGUGCCAGUGAGCAAUGCACCGAACAAGAUAACCUCCAUGCCACUUACUUCCGGAAUGGAAUCCGCAAUUUCUCACAACGGUGGGCGAUCAGAUCGUCCCGGCCCUGGUCCGGCCCGCCGUGCGAGAAACACGUACGAACGCACACGCAAGAACGGCCUUACCCUUGCCCGUACUGCAGCAAGGCCUUUUCUCGAUCAGACAACCUGGCACAACGGUCAAGCACCCAUUGGCAACGAGGAUGACUUGGAAAAUGACGGCAACGAGUUUGAGUCUGCUGGCGAGGAGUCCUCAUCGCCUAUGCACCAUGUCCCUCACUCCAUGGUCCAGAUGCCGCCUAUGAACUCGAUGACCACAUCCAUUACCAUGGCCACGUCGAUGCCCACAAUGGUCACAUCGACUCAUCCAAUGAUCGCUCCUCAGCUAUUGCAGCAGCCAAUGUAA